GUUAGUGUUAAAAUAAAGUCAAAAGAUGGCGCUGAAACUGUUGCAACCAGCGGCGCACAAGAUCCCGAGAACGCUCCAUGGCGUACGAUUUUCUAACGAGGAAAUGCCGAAGUACAAGUCCCUUGAGUCUCCCCCGGCAUCGAGUCUACCGCACUACAUGUCUUACCCCGGCUCGGACUCCGGCGCGCCCAGCCCCGACGGCUGCCACUUCCAGCCCGCCGCCCAGAGACUCCGACUCAACGAGCAGAGAAUCAAGCUGCUGAACGCUAUAAACCAAAUACUGCAGCAGCGCGCCGAGCUAGAAGCCAACAGGGUUACGCUCUCUGGUCUUCUAGAAGAACUGAAGAGAAAACUUAAGAGAAGGGUAGAAGAAUGCCACUUCGAGAAAAAAGAGAAAAUGAAGGCCCUCAAACAAGCUAAUCUGCGGUUAGAGAAAGAGAAGAACAGCAUCGUCUCCGAGAUCGAACACCUCAAACGCCACCUGGAGAAGGAGGAGUCACACCACCUGCAGCACGCCAGGACAGUUGUUACCCAGGCCAUCCAGGGAGUGACGAAGCUACAUUCAGAUCAUCUGUUCAUGUCCUGCUCGGUGUCCGAGCUGCCCAACAUCGUCAGCCGAAACGUGGCCAAGAACGCGCCUUCUAGAGUAGCAGACAAUAAGCUGGCGGCCGCGCGGCUGAUGCGCGACAUCGCCGAGCUGCGGCAACGCGUCGCGCAGGUCGAAGCCAAACUCGCCAACGAGCUGAAGCGUAAACGGCAGGCUGAGAUCGACAUUGUGCGACUGAGGAAGGAGCUCUCAUCGACCAAGAGCUGCGUCGCGUCGCUGCGCUUGCCCGUCGCUACUAGGAAACCAUGCGCUAAGUUUGCUUAGAGCAAACCUUUUGGAGAAG